GUUGAGGAGUGCCAGUGCCUCAGAGUAGAUCCAUGAUGUGGCCAGGCGGGCUGAAUGUGGAGCUGCUGAACGGCCCCUCUCCUCUGUCCUCCCUCCUGAGUGGCGCGGUGGGACUGAGCUCGCUGCCAGGGCCCCUGCUGUUGCUCUGUGGUCCCCCUCUGUCCAUUCUGGGAACAAUCUUCUGUCUGUCCGCUUUCGCUCUUGCCCCUACGGUUCACACAGCUGCCAGCACAAUCUUCCAGAAACUCACACCUUCUCAUGUCACUCCCUGCUUAACCUAGAGUCUUUCAAGCUCAUUGCUCUUUAGGAAGAAAUCUAAACUCCUAAAUGGGACCCAUAGAACCUCGAGUGUCCAGUUGCAAGGGCUCUGUGCACGCUCUUUUCUUCCUGGAGCGGUCUUCUCGGCCCGUGUGCUUAGCCGUCUUCCUCAUCCUUCAUUUCAGCUGAUGUAUCACUUCCCCAGGGGGGCCAUCCCUCACCCCAGCAGAGUUAGGUUCCUCUGGGGUGUGCUCUGCUCACGUCUUGUGCUUCUGUGUUGCCCUUACCAGUUGUGACUGUGUGUGUCUGUAGCUGUUUUCCUUCUGGCCAUCUCCCGGGUUCAUAGCACGGGGCCUGGCACAGAGUCCCAGCUCAUUGUUCAAGAAGGACUGGACUCCACUUGUUGCUGACGAGUGAGGGGAAGGGAGGUGUGGGUGCUGCUCCGGCCCCUCCCAGGAUCAACAGGAACGCCCACUGUAAGAGGCUUGGGCUCCUCGCUUUGCUGUCCUUUCUCUUAAGUGUAGAUCAGGGUUCUCUGUACCCUGGGGUCAGAAGCCAUUGAGCAAGAUAUAUGUAGAGUAAGGAAAGAACUAGAAGCCAGAACUCUGGGUCUCCUGCUCCGAUAUGAAGAUAGCUUUGCAAAAUGACUUGAAUGCAAGAGACAGAGGGCACUGACCUCCAAGGGGUGGCAGUAGAUUAGGGGACACUGGACACUCCUCUGCACCAGGCAGGAUUGCGUGACCAGCGAAGCAGAGUGUGAGCCCGGAGUCCUCAACCCGGCCGAUCCUCUGCCUUUUUUUAUUCAGGAGGCGCCGUUGCUGAGUUUGGUGUCUUAGCAGAGACGUGGUUGGUGACAGCAUGACGAGCGAGGUGAUAGAAGAUGAGAAGCAAUUCUAUUCGAAGGCCAAGACAUACUGGAAAGAAGUCCCACCGACCGUGGACGGCAUGCUCGGGGGGAAGGCCCCGACAGGACGGGCACCUCCUGCGCCCUGGACUGCGGCGCCGGCAUUGGGAGGAUCACCAAGCGACUGCUCCUGCCGCUCUUUGCAGUGGUGGACAUGGUGGACGUGACCGAGGACUUCCUGGUCAAGGCAAAGACCUACCUGGGUGAGGAGGGCAAGAGGGUGAGGAACUACUUCUGCUGUGGCCUCCAGGACUUCAGCCCCGAGCCCAGCUCUUACGACGUCAUCUGGAUCCAGUGGGUGAUAGGCCACCUGACCGAUCAGCACCUGGCUGAGUUCCUGCGGCGCUGCAAGCGGGGUCUCCGCCCCAACGGCAUCAUUGUCAUCAAAGACAACAUGGCCCAGGAGGGCGUGAUCCUGGACGACGUGGACAGCAGCGUGUGCCGCGACCUCGAGGUCGUGCACAGAAUCAUCCGCAGCGCCGGCCUCAGCCUGCUGGCCCAGGAGCGGCAGGAGAACCUUCCCGAUGAGAUUUACCACGUGUACAGCCUCGCCCUGAGAUGAGCAGGGGCCGGCAGGACGGGGACCAGUGCAGGGGUGGGGGGCUGGCGGCUGCUGCCGCCCAGAGGCUCCACGUCGAUGGGGGCCACUCAGCACACCUGCCUGCCAUCCACUCACUACACAGGCUCUUCACGCGAGGACCCAGCGGGCGGGGUGCCGCUGUGGACAGCGAGGUGGGAGCCUGGCUCUGCUGCCCCAAGGCGGGACUGGGCAGUGCGGGCCUGUGCGUCGCCCACGCCAGGGCCCCUGGUGCUCCCCAUGUGGGGAUACGGUGAUCCGUUACCACCGGGCCUUCCAGCCACAGGCCUGGCUGCCUUAAGAGGAAGAGAAGCUCCCUUAAUGUGGCUCUUGAGGGCACCCCCUGGGGGAGAGGAGCGGGCUGCCAGCAGCCUGCCGUAUCGAGGGGCUGGUGGGAAACUCACGUUCUGAGUCUGCUUUGACUAUGGGGGCCUGGUGUCCCGAGUGGGGUCGUCACAACAGCCUGCAACAAGGGGAAAAGCCGGUGGCCUCGCUCUUGGCGGGCGUUUCCAGUCAAAAAUAAAAGGGUGACUC